AAGGAGAGUAUCAAAUCUCACACAUACAUAUUCUCUUUCUUUUUAUGUUUUCCUUUUUUUUUGUCGUAUUAAUAAAUGAUUCCUAAAUCUAUCAGUUAUACACUACAAGGUUAUUGUAAUCAAAACUAAUGCCUAAAGGUAGUGAGUUCUACUCUAGUUUCCAACAGAAAAUAUGUUUCUUGUUGUAUAUUUAAUCCGUAUGGUCUGUCCGAGAGUCAAAUCAAUGUUUACAAAAACUAGACUGAUGUUAUUGUUUUUCCAAAACCUUUUCCGUUUGUUACUUGUUCAUCAUUAGACAUUUUGUCUCCUUCAAAUCAAGGUCUUCAUAUUUCCUAUCAUUAGCUUUUGCAUAGAAGGUAGAAGAACUUCUUUUUUUUUCUUCUACUAAUGACAAUAAUGUAACAAGGAUAAAUAAGACCAACCUACGUCUUAGAUUUAUUAUGGAAGGAAAAAAUAAUAACAUACACCCACGUACAAUGAACAAUAUAUGUUGUUCGAUUCGGUCACUUAAACAGAAUAACGAUGAUAGUUUAUACAUAUGUUUGUUAACUAAUUUUAGUUUCGUAUAAGAUUUUCUUUUUUUUUUAACCAUUACUAUGAUUUGACUGAUUUCUCCAUGGAUUUUGUCAUGCAUAUGUUAUGUUUCCUUCUCCUUUUUUUUAUUGAUGACGAAAGCUUAUGUCGGAGUUAUUAUUAGAGUUUUACGUCAUUUAUUGAACAACAUAUAACGAUUUUUUGUUGACGUCACUAUAUAGUACGACUGAAACUAACGGGAAAAAAACGAGAGACCUUGUUCGCUCGUCCUGGCACACAUUAGUAUAUAUAUAUAUCUAUAUAUAUCUCUAUAUACAUGUAUGCAUGUAUGUAUGUAUGUAUGUAAGCAAAUGCUUUGAUUUCUUUCCAUUGAUGGGCUUACAUGUGACGUCGACUGUCCGUCGCGCGGUCGACGAUGACGUCGUUGAGGAAAGAGAAUGAGCGUAUAAAAGAAAAGACAAUACAGAUUAUAUAUAUACACACGCUUAGUCUGUAUUCGAUUGCUGAAUCAAGAGAUAGUUUUUUAGCCAAUAAUCAUCAUUGGAAGAAAAAGAACAGAACUGUGACGUCAAACUGAUGCAUUCGUUUUCCUUUCUAAUGUAAUCGCAUCUUCAUUUGAGACAAAGUGCGUACACGAGAGACACACGCACAUUUCUUUCCUUUAUUCUUAAGUCAGAUUUAGUUUAUUCAUAUUCAUAUUCAUAUUCAUAUUUUUCUGUUUAACAGGGAGUUCAAACUGAUCACGAUAGUACAAGUAAAAGUGUUCGUUCAUCGAUCACUAGUUCAUCAAAUCUUGCAACUUCUUCAUCACCAUCUACAUCGAAAAUAAUCGGAACAACGACGGCGCCGAAUCCUCAUUCCGUAACUAGUUCAGGUGGCAGUAGUGCAAUGGUCACAUUAUCAACUCUUAUUCCUCCAUCUGUUGAUGGUAAAUUAUCGUCAUCAUCGUCGACGUUAAUACCUCGCAAGGAUUCAAAUGCAUCGAGUUCAGGUGCUUACUCUGAAGUAUCUCGUUCAUUUGGUCAUGAAGAAAACUCAACGGAUUCAUCAUAUGGAUUAUCAUCAACUACUGCCACAACAAUGACAGCAACAACACCUUCAUCUCAUUAUGUUAUUAAAUGUAAUUUGAAUACAAAAACAACGACAUCUAAUCUAAAUACUCCUUCAACGUCGAUUUUAACAAAUUUAUCUCCGGUGACAUUAACACCACGUGUUAAAGUAACUGUUCAACAACCAUCAAUAACAACUCGUUCAUCACAAUUUGAUUCACCACCAGAAUCAACUCUCUCAUCAUCAUCUUCAUCAUUUCUUCGAACUCCAAUAUUAAGUAGUUUACCGAUGUUUUCAUCAUCAUCAAUUAUGACAACAAGUACAGCAUCAAGUGCACCAGAAUUUUCUAUAAGUGGUACAUCAAGUAUUGAUGAUUCUGAAGAACUAGCAUUAUAUGAACAAUAUCUUUCAACAUCUCAUGCUCGACAAUCAAAUCCUUCACCUGAAAUGCGUAAAAAAACUUUUGAAAAUUGGAUUGAAAUACAACAAAGAACAAUACCUCGUAGUAAAAGUGAAGUUAAUACACCAACCGAACAAUCACAGCAGCAACAACAAAUAACUAGUAGUCAAAUAAAACCGAUUAUUGCUGUUUAA